CGUGGAGCCAUGUCUGAAUUGCUCGUGACGCCUUCAACGGAACGGAGACUUUCAAAUGGAUCCAAAUCCGCGACGGAGGAGAGCGUCUCCGAUCAAAAUCUCCGUCGCCGAUUGUGUCGAAGCUCCGGGGAAGUUUCUCGGAUCCGGUACGAUGAAGCUCACGAGGACCUUCACUACUUGCUUGAUACUGUUCUCGGUACUACUGGCAUUCUCCAUGAUCUUCCGCCGACAACCUUCUGAUCUUCAUCGGAUCAUGGGCUUCGCCGACGCUAGAGUCCUCGACACUGGAACUUCGCCGAAUCUUACGACCUUCGGUACAAGUGAUUCUGAUAAAUCGGAUGUUAAACUACUGGGAGGGCUUCUUUCUGCUGAGUUCAAUGGAGAUUCUUGCCGCAGUAGGUAUCAGUCAGCGUUCUAUCGUAAGCAUUCUCCCUACAAGCCCUCCGAGUAUCUCGUCUCCAGACUUAGAAACUAUGAAAUGCUUCACAAGCGUUGCGGUCCGGGUACUGAAGCUUACAAGAAAGCCCUGGAGCAACUCGAUCACGAACAAGUUACCACUGCCUCUGGUGAAUGCAAAUAUGUUGUCUGGGUAUCGUUUAGUGGGUUGGGAAACCGAAUACUCUCUCUAGCUUCUGUGUUUCUCUACGCCCUCUUGACAGACAGAGUCUUGCUUGUUGAUCGGGGGAAGGAUUUGGAUGAUAUUUUCUGCGAGCCGUUUCCAGGUGCAUCGUGGUUACUGCCUUUGGAUUUUCCACUGACGGGUCAGUUUGACGGGCUGAAUCAGGAAUCCUCUCUUUGUUACGGAAACUUGCUGAAGAAUCACGCAAUAGAUUCAUCAACAGAAAAAGUUCGUCCCUACCUUUAUCUUCACCUUGUUCACGAUUACGGGGAUCAUGAUAAGAUGUUCUUCUGUGAAGGAGACCAAUCUGUCAUCGGGAAAAUGCCUUGGUUGAUUGUCAAAACAGACAAUUACUUUGUGCCAUCUCUAUGGCUGAUCCCAGGUUUGGAUCAAGAACUAAGCAAGCUAUUCCCGCAGAAAGAAACCAUCUUCCACCACUUGGGCCGGUAUCUAUUUCACCCCACAAACCAAGUAUGGGGCCUAGUCACGAGGUACUACGAAGCUUACUUGUCAAGGGCAGAUGAGAGAAUCGGGAUUCAGAUCAGAGUUUUCGAUGUGGGCGCGGGCCCUUUUCAGCACGUGAUGGAUCAAAUCGUGGCCUGUACCCGCCGAGAAAAACUUUUACCUGAAGUAGAAACACAAGAAUCCCACAUCACCACCCCACAGGAAAGCCCUAGACUCAAAGCUGUACUGGUCACAUCUCUGAGCUCUGGAUACUCUGAGAAUCUGAAGAGCAUAUACUGGGAACUACCAACUUCAACAGGGGACAUUGUCGGAGUUUACCAGCCAAGUCAGGAAGGUUACCAGCAGACAGAGAAGAAGCUACACAACAGGAAGGCACUUGCCGAGAUGUACCUAUUGAGCAUGACAGAUAAACUUGUCACGAGCGCUUGGUCUACAUUCGGGUAUGUGGCUCAAGGUCUUGGAGGGUUAAAGCCUUGGAUACUUCACAAGCCAGAAAACAGGACAGCUCCUGAUCCACCUUGCGGUCGGGCCAUGUCAAUGGAGCCUUGUUUCCAUGCUCCUCCGUUCUAUGACUGUAAAGCUAAGACUGGAAUCGACACGGGCAAGAUCCUCCCUCAUGUUAGGCAUUGUGAGGAUAUGAGUUGGGGGCUUAAGCUUGUUGAUGCCCCCUUUGAUAUUUAGCUUCUGCCAGAAAUUUUUUUGGUUGCAUUUUGUUUUCUGAUGAAUUUAUAUAUAUGAUAUAAUUGCUAAAGGUUAGCUCUUUAUUA